AGAAUACCAACGGCUUUUAACCACCAGGACUCGCACUAUCAAAUUAUCACGGCUCUCUCUCACGGACAUAAAUAAGCUUGAAAAAAAUGCAGGUUUCCGGGGUAAUUGGCGACGUUUCGUUGGUAAUUCCCUCCGGUGGUGGUCUCAGGUGGCCAGAAUUCGGACACUUCCAUGCCCACGGCCACAACCAUUCACAUCCACUCACCGAUUCCAAGUCAUUUCUUUCGGCUUCUGUUUUCAGAAGUUGUCCUUCAUUUUGCAUCCCAAAGCUGGGAAACGGACCAUAUAACUGCCGAGCAAGGGGGUUGGUUGUGAGGGCAUCAAAGGAUUCAAGUGAUAAUUUGGUGCCAGUUUCUCCUCUUCAAUUUGAAUCUCCCCCUGGCCAGCUUUUGGCCCAAAUAUUGCAAACGCAUCCACAUCUUCUACCUGCAGCCAUUGAUCAGCAGCUUGAGAACCUUCAAAUAGAUAAAGAUGCCCAAAGAAAAGAAGCUGCUUCAUCUGCAAAUCUCCUCUACAAACGAAUAGCUGAAGUCAAGGAUAAAGAAAGGCGCAUGGCAUUGGAAGAGAUAAUAUACUGCUUGAUAGUGCAUAAAUUCGUAGACCGUGAAAUUUCAAUGAUCCCGAAGAUAUCAGAGACAUCAGAUCCCACCGGUAGAGUGGACUUCUGGCCAAACCAAGAAAAGAAACUAGAGUCUGUUCAUUCUCCUGAAGCAUAUGAGAUGAUACAGAGCCACUUAUCCCUUGUACUUGGUGAGCGACUUGUGGGCCCCCUUUCUUCCAUGGUUGAGAUUAGCAAAAUAAAACUUGGAAAGCUGUAUGCUGCUUCGAUAAUGUACGGAUAUUUUCUCAAAAGAGUUGAUGAACGGUUCCAGCUUGAGAGAUCCAUGAACACCCUUCCUGAGGGUUUCACUGCAGAUCCAGCACCAGCAAACCAGCUGUGGGACCCUGAUUCAUUGAUUCGGAUAGCUCCUGAAGGUGCUAGUGAUAGUGAUAGUGAUAGUGAUAGCAAGUCAUACCGACUGAGAUCCUAUGUGACGUACUUGGAUGCAGAGACACUUCAGAGAUAUGCUACUAUAAGAUCAAAGGAAGCUAUUUCUUUGAUUGAAAACCAGACACAAGCCCUGUUCGGGAAACCUGACAUCAGGAUUGCUGCGGAUGGUUCAAUUGACACAUCUAAUGAUGAGGUGAUUGCGCUUACCUUCUCUGGAUUGACAAUGCUCAUCUUGGAAGCUGUUGCUUUCGGAUCAUUCCUAUGGGAUGCUGAAACCUACGUUGAAUCUAGAUAUCACUUUGUCAAAAGCUAAAGAUGAUGUUAUGUUUCUUUAUUUACGCCCAGAAGCUGCAUAAAAUCAUCAUGUAUUGAGCAUGGUGUAAUGAGUUUCUUCUUCUUCCUGUAAAUAUAAAAUGUUAGUGAACUUCUUUUACCAAAUUUACA